GCCAACAGCCGCAGGUCGUCGCUCAUGCGCACUGUGCAGACGGGCUGUGUCAGAGAGCCGCCUGCCCCGCGCGCCUUCCUCAGCCCGUUGCAGUGAGCCGCAUCCGUUAGCCGGGCUCGCUCCUCUCCGUCUUUGCGAUGCGCGCGUAGUCAGUCCCUCCGGAGCUUCCCGAGUGCUUCCGAACAUGGACACAAUCGGGGUGUCGUUCCUGGACCCGCUGGAGGACUACGAGCUGAUUCACAGACUCGGGAGCGGCACCUACGGGGAUGUGUUCAAGGCCCGUAACAUCAGGACGUCUGAACUGGCAGCUAUCAAGAUUGUCAAGCUGGACCCAGGCGAUGACAUCACGUCCAUCCAGCAGGAGAUUACCAUGAUGAAGGAGUGCAAACACAAAAACAUUGUGGCCUAUUUCGGCAGCUACCACAGGAACACCAAACUCUGGAUCUGCAUGGAGUACUGCGGUGGAGGCUCCCUCCAGGAUAUCUACCAGGUCACAGGCCCUUUAAAGGAGAAGCAGAUCGCUUUUAUGUGCAGGGAAACCCUUCAGGGCUUGUAUCACCUGCAUGAAACCGGAAAGAUGCACAGAGACAUAAAGGGGGCCAACAUCCUUUUGACAGAGAGAGGAGACGUGAAACUGGCUGAUUUUGGCGUGGCGGUAGAAAUUAGUGCCUCUGUGGCCAAAAGGAAGUCUUUCAUUGGAACGCCUUACUGGAUGGCUCCAGAGGUGGCUGCAGUGGAGAAGAAGGGCGGCUACAACCACCUGUGUGAUAUCUGGGCUGUGGGCAUCACCGCCAUCGAGUUAGCGGAACUUCAGCCGCCCAUGUUUGACCUCCACCCGAUGAGAGCGCUGAUGCUGAUGUCAAAGAGCAGCUUCCAGCCUCCUAAACUGAAGGAUAAGAGCAAGUGGUCUGCAGGUUUUCACAGCUUUGUGAAGAUGGCUCUCAUCAAAAAUCCCAGGAAAAGGCCGUCAGCAGAGACUCUGCUGCAGCAUCCCUUUGUGACCCAGCUGCUCACCCGAAACCUGGUGAUCGAACUGCUGGACAUGGCCAACAACCCGGAGCUGCACUGCCCGCUCGCACACACCAUCGACGACAACGACCUGGAGAGCGGAGAAGUUUCUCCCGACAAGAUUCAGGCUGCAGAGAAACGGCUGCCUGUGCAGAGGACGCUGUCUGAGAAACAAUUUGACCAGGUGAAGUUCGGACCGCCGCGGAGGAAAGUCACAGAGCCGUAUCCUGACAUGUGUGAUGAUGACUGGAGUUUGUCUGGAGAUGAAGACGCCUCACUGGGCCUGCUGGAAUGUGUGGAGCAAGCUCUGCAGAUGAGGAGUUUGACCAUUGGGAGGGGGCCGUCCGCCGAGGGAGGGGUGAAGACGGGCCUGAUGAGUCCAACGGCCUCCCUGCCGGCGUACAGCUCGCUGACGUCCAGCUCCGAGGAGAGAGAGCUGAGCGCGAGGCCGAGCUGCACGCUGGGCCCUGAUGCAGCCGAACCUGCGUCCACCGCAGUUUUGGCGAGGUGCUCAGCCACUGACGACAUCAGCCAGCGCUGCAGGGACUCGUGCCUGCCUGUGGAGGACGCUCUCAUAGCGGACAUGAGGCCGGCGACCGCCGUGUCCUCGCCAAGAAGAGAUGCGCCUCUGUCACCUGAAUGGAGCACGCUAAGGAGGAAGACGGAAGACUCGAGAGCUGGUUGUCAUGGACUUCCUCCCACCCCUCAGGUCCAUAUGGGAGCCUGUUUCUCUAAAGUCUUCAACGGCUGUCCUCUCAAAAUCCACUGUGCUGCCACCUGGAUUUUCCCUAAAUCCAGAGAUCAGUACCUUAUUCUGGGGGCAGAGGAGGGCAUCUACAUACUGAACCUCAAUGAACUUCACGAGGACACGCUAGAGAAGCUCGUGCCUCAGCGCUGUACGUGGCUGUACGUCAUGAACAACGUGCUGAUGUCCGUGUCAGGAAAGUCGUCUCAGCUUUAUUCCCACAACCUGACGGCUCUGUUUGAACAUCGGGGACAUCUGCAGAAGAAGCACAGCAACUUGUCUCUCAGCACAAACCGCUUGACUGAGAGGAUCAGUGCACGGAAGUUUGCCAUAUCUGUGAAAAUUCCCGACAGUAAAGGCUGCAGACGGUGUUGUGUAGCGAGAAACCCCUACACCGACAGCACAUUUCUGUGCGGGGCAGUUCCCUCUGGAUUGGUCUUGUUGUUGUGGUACGAGCCUCUCCAGAAGUUCCUGCUGCUAAAGCACAUACCCAUCCGGUUGCCAGAGCCUCUGCCGGUGUUUGAGCUGCUGGUGGUGGCUACAGAUGAGUUCCCCCAACUUUGUGUGGGGGUGAGAGAGUGUGGCACGGAGACACCCCAGGCUAGCCAACAGCUCCUGUUUGAUAUCAUAGAGCUAAACAGUACACCCACAUCAGCACCAGACAGUGGAGGACUUCGAGCCGUUCAAGUGACCCAACUGGAUCGAGACACUGUCCUCAUUGCAGUUGAGAAAAGUGUAAGAAUUGUGAACCAGCAAGGGCUUCCAUCAAAAGAGUUUACGGCUGAGAUGAUCUUUGACUUCCCCAUCGAAACUCUAGUCUGCUUACAGGAUAGUGUCCUGGCUUUCUGGAAGCACGGCCUAAAGGGGAGGAGUUUUCAUUCAAACGAGGUGACGCAAGAAAUUACAGAUGAAAGUCGAAUAUUUCGAGUUUUGGGAACAAACAGAGACAUCAUCCUUCAGAGUACGCCCACCGACGACCCUUCAGCCUUAAGCAAUCUGUACAUACUGACCGGUCACGAGAGCAGCUACUAAGAAACAGCGGGGACUGACGCCGACCGCAGAAGACUCUGGUUUAGUGAAGUAAAGAUGGAGAUGCAGCAGCGAUUCCUACUGGACGCACCAAAACCACGUGAAGGACUGGUGCGAAUAGCACGGCUUUAACUCUGCUUUCUAGAAGGCUGUUGGCUUUCAGGACUGCAGAAGAACUUUUCAGAACUUCAGUUCUCCCCAACAGAAUGGACCUGUGAGAUUUAACUUCCGUGACCCCAUGAGCACGCUCUUGAAUUGUUUUUAAGCUCUUACGUCGUGAACAUCAUGGACUGAGGCCUCAGCUUAAUCCUGUGUCACGUUGGUCUUGAUAGACUUCUGACUUUUUUAACGAAACCCCUUUUUUCAUCUUUUUUGUAGAUUCAUAGAGCAGGAAACUUAUUUAUAACUGCACUGAAUUGCUAAGUGUAUUAAAAAUGUCUGUAAAACUAACAUUAGUAAAGACAUUCCUUAAGGAUGAAAUAAAGUUUUUUAUUUUUCACCAAAAAAGCAAAACCCACUACAAUAAAACUGUUUGACAGAA